CAAAGCUAAAGAGUACAACUCCAUCCCCCAUAAUGCCUUGUAUCUAUCGUAAACACAGACCUGUCAUGCAACACAAACGCCAUCUUGACAGCACCCUCAAAAUGGAAGAAAGAUGAGCGCUAGAACACAAACCCGAACUAAGGUCGCUUGUCCGAGCUUGUUAAAGCCACCUUUACCUGUUAGGUGGUAAACAAGUUGUUAUGGGGUUGAUGUCAAGUGAGGCAAAACGGAGCCUUUAACAAUGGAUAUAACGACGGCGGUGUUCAAUGCGGCCAGAGAUGGUAAGCUGAAACUUAUCCAGAAGUUGCUGAGCAACAAAACUCCCCAAGAGCUUGAAGCUUUAGCCGAGGAGAAAACACAGGGAGGCACCCCUCUCUUGGUUGCAUCGAGAUAUGGACAUUUAGAGGUUGUAGACUAUCUCCUUGUACACUGUAAGGCCAAUGUUGAACUCGGGGGCUCGGUGAACUUUGAUGGCGAGACUAUCGAAGGAGCCCCGCCGCUGUGGGCGGCUUCGGCAGCCGGCCACCUCCUAGUGGUUAAAACGCUUUUAAAACAUGGCGCCUCUGUGAACAAUGCAACACUAACUAACUCCACUCCGCUCCGGGCUGCCUGCUUCGAUGGUCACUUGGAAAUCGUCCGCUACCUGGUGGAGCAUAGAGCUGACAUGGAGGUGGCCAACAGGCACGGCCACACCUGCCUUAUGAUUUCUUGCUACAAGGGCCACAAGGAGAUAGCUAAGUUCCUACUGGACCGUGGGGCUGAUGUCAACCGCAAGAGUGUCAAAGGGAACACCGCCCUCCAUGACUGUGCAGAGUCUGGGAGCCUGGACAUCAUGAAGAUGUUGCUCAAGUGCAACGCCCGCAUGGAGAGAGAUGGUUAUGGAAUGACACCACUCCUAGCUGCAAGUGUUACAGGACACACCAACAUUGUGGAGUAUCUCGCCCACCAGCCCCGUACUUCCAGAGAAGAGCGAAUCGAUGCCCUUGAACUCCUUGGGGCCACCUUUGUAGACAAGAAGAGGGAUCUGUUGGGAGCGAUGAAGUACUGGAGACGUGCUAUGGAGUUGAGGCAGCCAGGGGAUAAAGCUGGCUGCUUGACCAAGCCCCCACCUGGGCCCCCCAUUCCUGCCUAUGGCUGUGCACAGGAGGUGAACAGUGCAGAGGAACUGGAGGCUCUGAUCACAGACCCUGAUGAGAUGAGGAUGCAGGCCUUGUUGGUUCGUGAGCGCAUCCUGGGUCCAUCUCACCCAGACACCUCGUAUUACAUCCGCUACAGAGGAGCUGUGUACGCUGACUCUGGGAAUUUUGAAAGAUGCAUCAGCCUGUGGAAAUACGCUUUAGAUAUGCAGCAGAGCAACCUGGACCCACUCAGCCCCAUGACCGCCUCAAGUUUCCUGUCCUUUGCAGAGCUCUUCUCCUUUGUCCUACAAGACCGUGCAAAAGGCACCCUGUCCACACGCAUCACCUUCCACGAUUUGAUGACAGUGUUGGGUAAAAGCGUGCGAGAGGUAGAGCGAGCUGUGGCGCAGAGGGACAACCCACCGGAGGCUCCUCAGUUCACCAAGGCACUCGCCAUCAUCCUCCACCUCAUCUUUCUACUGGAGAAGCUGGAGUGCAACCCCGAGCAGGAGCACCAAAAGAAACACACGGUCUACCGCCUAUUGAAGCUGAAUCCUCGCGGCCGUUCCGGCUUCUCGCCGCUUCACAUGGCUGUGGAUAAGGAGACCACGUCCGUGGGACGCUACCCCGUCGGCCGCUUCCCCUCUCAGGUGGUGGCAUCAGUGCUCCUGGAGUGCGGCGCUGAUGUCGACUCAAGGGACUGUGAGAACAACACUCCACUGCACAUCGCUGCCUGCAAUGGCUGCCCAGAGAUCAUGGCGCUUCUCAUGAAAGCCGGGGCUCACUUUGACGCCACCAAUGCACAGAGGAAGACGGCCUAUGAGCUGUUAGAUGAGCACAAUAUUGGACACCCGGCUCUCUUCCCUCUCAACUACAUCACUCUUCAGUGCCUGGCAGCUCGUGCAGUCGAAAAGAACAGGCUUCCUUACAGGGGACUCGUCUCUGAGGAGAUGGAAGCUUUCAUUGAGCUGCACUGACCUCCAUCACUGACCCCUGACUAUAUUACUCUUUCUCUUGACCUCGUACGUCGCUUUGUCUUUUAAGCUCUGCUUGCUUCACUCGUGGAACCAUGACAGUGGUACCUCGGUUUUCGUUAUUUCGUUCCAAAAGGUCCAGCAAAAAAAAUGUCAUUUUUUCCUUAGGAAAUAAUGUAAAUCUUUUACACAUACCAAAAUAUUAACCAUAAAAAAGAAUAAUUAAAAUUCUGCAUUCAGAAAACUAUUAAAAUUUAAAUUAUGAUGAAUGUAGUGGAUAAAUGAACAUUUAACAUCAAGGAUUGUAGCUGGUGAAGGAGAUGGGAGAGAAUGGAUGGAAUGCACACCAACAACCGCUUCUCGACAUCUUUGUUCGUUGGUGAUAUCAGUUUCAAUUACACCUUGCGCACUUUCACAAUAUCAGCUUCCUUGAAUAUUUUUUUGCCAGGAUGUCCAACGGAUUUGUGUAACAACUCAUUUUAUUCUUCCAAAUGAGUGUGCCUUACUGGAUAUCUUAGUAUUGUGUAAUUACUGCGAAAUUUGAUGUUGGGUCUGUGAUCCAAGGUGGUUUAAAUAAGCAAGCAAUCUUUAUUAAAACCACAAGAUUGAACAUACCAA